UUUGUAAUUUUUAACCGUUCGGAGUGCGACACUAAAUAGCCAGUAGAGUUUUGGCGGCAACGACUUUUCCCCCAGAAAAUUAUUCUCAUUUCAUCAAAAAUAAACAAAUAAGAUGCCACCCAAGAAAGGUCUUAAACGUGCUGCCUCAACAGCAUCAAAUGAUGCAAGACCCCCUAAGGCACCCAGAAAAAAAGAAGAGUUAAUUGUAACUCCAGAAUUACGAAAUGUGUCCACUGCUGGUAUUAUUCUGGCAGUUGGUCAGAACGAUGUGGGACAAUUGGGCCUGGGCGAGGAUAUUCCAGAGAAAAUACGUCCAGCUAUCGUUCCAAACUGCAACGAGAUCGUAGCCGUUGCUGCUGGGGGUAUGCACAACGUUUGUUUGACAAAAGCCGGAAAAAUCCUGACAUUCGGAUGUAAUGACGAGGGUGCACUGGGUAGAGAUACUUCCGAGGAAGGCUCUGAGUGUAUCCCAGGGUAUGUAGAUUUGGAUGGAAAAGUGAUUCAAGUCACGGCUGGCGAUUCUCAUAGUGCUGCACUUCUCGAGGAUGGACGAGUCUUCGCCUGGGGUUCCUUCAGGGAUGCGCAUGGAGCUAUGGGUCUAACAAUGCGGGGCAAUGAACGACUCCCAGUAGAAUUAUUACCAACAAUAAAAAUAGCUAAAAUAGCAUCAGGUGCUGAUCACUUAGUAAUGUUGACUCAAAAUGGUCGUGUAUAUACCUGUGGAUGCGGGGAACAGGGACAACUGGGUCGUGUUGCAUCACGAACUGCCGACAGACACAAUCGUCACGGAGUGGAGCAUCUGUUAAAGCCUGAUUUAGUUGAAUUCAAAGUAUCAAAGAAACUGGAAUUUGAAGAUGUUUGGGCGGGCUCGUACUGUACAUUCGUCAAGGAGCACAAAAAUGGAGAUAUCUACGUUUUUGGCUUGAAUAACUUUCAUCAAAUUGGAUUGGACGAUACAAUUCCGUAUUUUCAUCCCAAAUUGUCGAAAGCAUUCCUUGGCAAGAAGUGGCACCUCAUCAGUUCUGGCAUGCACCACACAAUUGCCCUUGAUGAGAAUGGCCACGUUUUUGUUCUCGGGAGAAAAGAGUAUGGUCGACUUGGCCUUGGACCUGAUGCCACUGAUGUCUCACAACUUACUAGAGUCGAGAAACUUCAAAAUGAGAGGGUGAUUGAUAUCGCAGCUGGCAGUGCUCAAUCUUUCGCUGUAACCGACUCAGGUCAACUGUAUGCGUGGGGAAUGGGAAGCAAUUCACAGCUAGGCACAGGCGAAGAAGAAGACGUUGAUACCCCUGUUUUAAUCAAGAGCAAACAACUCGAGGGAAAAACUGUUGUUCGAGUAGCUGGGGGUGGACAACACACUCUCAUCCUUGCAAAUACACGUCCAGUCAAGGAUAAAACCGCUGGUUAACAGACUCGUGAAUUGCAAGCUGAAUAAAAUCAAAAAGUGCCACAAUGAACGUUUGUUCAUAACGUUUCUUCGUUAAUAGAGAUUAAAGUGAACUUGAACGUCCACGAGUGUUUCGGUUAUUAAAAUUAAUUUGUGUAUUUUUUUUUUUUUGAGUUAUAUACACGCGUUAAUUAUUGGCCCGAUUGUUAAGAGGAUCAGUGGUUAUUGUGACAUGGUUUUAAAGGCAACAAUUUUGAAUUCACGAAUUUUCUACUCAAUAUCAGUAGAAAUGACAAUCAUAUUUAGUUAUAAAGCGCUUGAUAUGAGAUAGUUUUCCGUUUUGUAUGGCUAUUUGAUUAUUUGUAACAGCACAUGUUGAUCUUCAUUUUUGGUGGAAGUAACUGAAUAAUUCGGAAUAACAGUUGAUAUCUAUUUUUCAGUGAAUAAUCAAUUUUCUUAACUCAAUACAUUUGAAUUAAUUAUUUAUGAAAUAGUAUUUUGAUCGCUUCAAUGUCGUCAAGUGACAGUUAUUGCCGCUUGUGCAUUCGUUUUUCAACCCUUAGGUCAGCAGUUAAAAAAUUUUUAAAAUUUCUUCUUAUUUUCACAUUUGUUUUUUCAUUUUCUCCGGAGCAACUUUUCCUUUCUAUGAGUAUAUUUAAAUAAAUCCUGAAAAUUACUUCAAA